ACCACUAGCUCUGGAUUACUUUUAACAGAUCCUUUUCGGUUUUGCGUUGUGCGAGGUGAUCGAGUUCAAAUUUAAACUUAAGCUUAAAGUUGAUACAUAAAGUGAAAACGAAUUAAUUUGCUCUUCAAAAGCACGAAACGUCAAGAAAUUUGAAAGCUAUAGUGCAACUUGCCUGCAAUCCCUUAACCAAAUUUAAAAAAAAAAAAACAUCAACAUGUCUGACUGGGAAGAUGAGGUUGUUGAGCCCUUUGUUGAUACUAACGGCGCCCGCGGUGGAGAUUGGAGCGAUGGUGAGAACAAGGGCAAAAGCUUCAGCGGCGGUGCUCAAGAUGGCGGUGCUGGAGGCGGCGGCGAUGGUGGAGGCGGCGGCUACCAAGGACGAAAUCCAGAUGGGUUCGGAAGGGGGUUCAAAAGGGGCGACGCAGGCAGGGGAGGAGGAGCUGGAGGUUAUCGAGGAGGAAAUCGAGAUGGAGAUGAUGAUGCAGGGGGAUUCCGCGAAGGAGAGGGAGACUUCCGCGGUGGACGUCGCGAAGGAAAAGUCAGCUUCCGCGGUGCAGAAGGCGGCUCCCGCGGUGGACGUCGCGAAGGAGAAGGGGACUUCUGCGGUGGAGCAAGCGGCUUCCGCGGUGGACGUCGCGAAGGAGAAGGCAGCUUCCGCGGUGGACGUCGCGAAGAAAAAGGCGAAGAAAAAGGCAACUUCCGCGGUGAAGAAGGCGGCUUCCACGGUGGACGUCGCGAAGAAGAAGGCGGCUUCCGCGGUGAAGAAGGCGGCUUCCGUGGUGAAGAAGGCGGCUUCCGCGGUGGACGUCGCGAAGAAGAAAGAGGCUUCCGCGGUGAAGAAGGCGGCUUCCGUGGUGGACGUCGCGAAGAAGAAGGCGGCUUCCGCGGUGGAGAAGGCGGCUUCCGCGGUGGAGAAGGCGGCUUCCACGGUGGACGUCGCGAAGAAGAAGGCGGCUCCCGCAGUGGAGAAGGCGGCUUCCGCGGUGGACGUCGCGAAGAAGGCGGCUUCUGCGGUGAAGGUGGCGGCUUCCGAGGUCGGCGGUACGAAAACGAGGAUGCUACGGAACUGCCGCCGAUCCCAUCGAGCUGCGAUAAGGAUGAGGUGGGCGCAUUCAUCGAUCAGCUGGACCUGAGCAAGUACACGACCAGCCUAGCAUUGAUUCGGAAAUUGCGUGACUACUUGCUGACUGCAUUUAAGGCUUUGGUGAACCAAGCAUGGGCUUCUGUCGUGAAAUUAGCUCAAGAAAAGCGUGUCCAAAAGGCACAUCAGAUACGGGAAACAACAGAUAUGAUGAAUCGCCUUAUGGAGGACAUGGGCCGAUUGAUUUGUGAAGGUGAACAUGAGGAAGCGAAUGGGAUUGGACAUUUUCAAAACAUUGGUGCGGAUUGCAGAGCUGAUCUGUCGAAAUGGAGGAAUUUGCAGCAAAUUGUGGUGCCGCAACCUUCGGAGAUCAGAGAUGGACAAACAAACAGGACAAGCGGUACUGAGGACGCUCGAUCAGGAGGUUUAACCAAUGGCGAUGACUUAACCGAAAUACAAAGCGCCGCAUACGCCGUUUAUCAUCAGGUUUUUGAUCGAGGUUACCAAACCGGUCGACGGCUGUAUGAUGAUAAUCAAGGAGCAUUGAGAGGAGAUUCUAUUCCAACAGAAGACCGAGAACACCCAGAAAAUAAUCAAGUGGAUGGAUCAACAUAUGGAGUGACUAGAUUUCUGCACUGGCUAAGUGAAAACUUUGUCACUCGGCAUGAAAUAAGGGCAGUACGUUUUGGCAGUCCGCAAAUGGUUUUUCAAUCGUAUGCCUGGCCAGAGUCUCCAAAGCAGCACAUUUCGACGGUCCAUCAAAGAGGCAUAUUUUAUUCUCAACCCUUAAUUAGGACACGCAUAAAAGCCACUGUUGCGAGCGAGCCAAACAAUUCGAGUAGUGGUCAGCUCAGCAGUAUGGUAAACUUGGCACGACAUCAGCGGUCGCAAAAUCAGGAAACGCCAGAUGGAGUUUACGUUAGUCGCUACAAUGCAACUGGAGAUGAGGAGACUCCCUGCUCCGCAACGGGAGUACCCGGCAGAGUGGUGGCUCUGCGUGCUUCGAGCACCCCAAAUGAACAUAGGAGCGAUCCAGGCUUGUCUUUUAUACCCAAUUUGACUUACGAAGAUGGGACCAUGUCAUCAUUGGCAACAGGCGGCGCUGCAUCGACACCGUUGGCUCCAUCACUGCCAGGAGAGCAUUCAUUGGGGUUAGAAAUGGAUAGCGGCACUGUGGUGCUACCAGCUGAUGUGGAUGAAACCCGUUUAGUCGGACAUCCAGGAUCGACAGUGGUGCGUUCUCGGCUUGGAGGCGCUCCAGCAUCAACCCCUUUACUAUCAUUCCGACCUAGACUGCCGGUCAUUGACGAAGAGCUUCAUCUACGCUUUACCAGGGUGUCACGCGAGCUGCAGAUGAGUAUUGGUUUCCCACCGGAAGAGACUACACUAAGCCAGCAACGUGAGUGGGGCUCGAUUUUUCGACCACGUGAUGAAAUGGUUAACUAUGCCGAAGGUCCACCUCCUCGCCAAACACACACGGCUCGUCGUCGCUUGCGUACACGCAGACGACGUCAUCGUAUCGCUUCAGCAGCCAGUCCGCCACUAACACCGGAACGAAUUGUCCGUCGUGAGGAAGCCUUCCAAAGCAGCCGACAUAUUGCAGCUACUUUUAUGUCCAGCUUGCUACAAAGCGCAGCUGGAGAAGUGGCGACUUCAGGUCUGGCAAUUACCCGUUCAGUGGAAGAUAUAACGACAUCAAUCCAUAUCACCCGAAAUGGACCUCAGGAGGCGGCACCACCGACCACAGAAGCAAUCACCUCCCUAGAAGUUGCCCAGGCAACAAGAUAUUCGGAUUCUGGGGCUUGUAUGCAAUCUGCAGCGUUCUCUCAAGAUCUUCCUGUAGUAGCUCCUUUGGAGUUAUCUGGAAAUGCAUCAAUUGACCAAGCAUCAUUUGAUCAAGCUUUGGCCAUAUUACCUCCCAUAAAUUCGACUCCAAUAGGUCAGCAUCCAAUUGCUGUGUUUGGACCUAAAACCGAAAUUGAAAUGAAACCCCAAAUAAUGAACAUCUCUAAUAUGAUGAAUACUUCGGUUCCACAUAUGCCAAUGGAAGUCGACGAAGUUCCACUGGAGGUAUCAAACACUUUGGCCAAUAUGAGCGAUCACGCUUAUGUGACUGAUAUACAGAUACUACCGUCGUUGCAACUCAAUACUUUUAAUAUUGUUAGCACGAAUAAUACCAAGAAUGCAGUAAAUCUCGCCCCAUCGGCAUCAACAAAUGAUUUGCAAACGCCAAGUGACCGCAGAACAUCAAUGCAAAACCAAUUGUAUCGAGUGUCCAUGAACGAUUUGGCAUAUAUUUCACAACACGCUAAUGUGGUUCGCCUGAUGGUGGAUCGUCAAGAGGAACUAGGGGCCCAGGUUAGCUCCCUGGGGCCUUUUAGGGAAAAUAGACAAGGCUCGUUAAACUUUAGUACUAUGCCCGCUGUUAAAGUCUACGAUCCACGUAUAAUUCAGAACAUUCAGAAGGAUAAGAUGAGAAUAGUUCAUGGGCUCUUCGGUGCUCUUAUCAGGCAGUCCCAGGUUGAUAUGCACAAUGCACCAUUCAUUCGCAAUCGCAAAGAUGCGUUGAUGGCAUAUCGCUUUUUACUUGAGCUUAAGACUGCAAAUAUAAUAAGUCUUAGCUCGGAUGGUAGAUUCUUCGGGCUGCUGUAAUCAAAU